CUCAGUUUGAUCGCAGCCUCAAACAGGAAAUCCUGAGGUUUCACUGAUCAGGCUUUUGCUUUCAGGAAGUAAAACUAACUUUGAAAAUCCUUUGAGGAGACACCAUUGUAUUCUUCUAAAUCCUGCUGCAGAUUUAACAGUUUUCUCCACAAAACACUGUUCAGAACCGCAAGAAUAAAAUGACUACAAGUACAAAGGAUCUCAUCCUUAAAGAGCUAGAAGAAUUACUUCAAGAAGAGUACAGACGAUUUACAUGGAAACUGAGAGAUAUGGGACUGAAAGAAGGAUAUAAACACAUUCCUAAAAGCCAGUUGGAAAAUGCAGAAAGAAUUGAUGUUGUGGACAAGAUGAUUGAUUUCUAUGGUGAUGAUUAUGCUGUGGAGGUCACAGCUGAAACCCUGGUUGCCAUCAACAAGCUUGAUCUUGCUGACAGACUGAAGAGAGACGUACAAAAGUUCACAGAAACUGCAGGUAAAAAUCCACAGACCUUGUCUGCUGACACUCCAGAAACCAGAAGCAGACUCCCAGUUGCCUUACAAAGGCUGAAAGAUGACCACAAAUCCUUCCUAAAAAGAAAGUUUGAAUGUGUAUCCGAAUGUAUUGCUAAACCUGGGGAGCAAUCUCUACUCAAUGAAGUGUUUACCAAAGUACACAUGACAGAGGGUGAAUAUGGAGAGUUGAACUACAAGCAUGAGGUGAGAGAGAUUGAGGUAGCAUCCAAGAAAGGAAGAUCACAGGUUCAACCCAUCAAUUGCAAUAACAUUUUCAUACCAAGUGAGAAAAGUCCCAGAAUAAGGACUGUACUAACCAAGGGGAUCGCUGGCAUUGGAAAAUCCUUCUCGGUUCAAAAGUUCAUUCUUGACUGGGCAGCUGGAAAUGACAGCAGUGGAUUUGAUUUUAUAUACAUUUUUCCAUUCCGUGAACUCAAUUUAAUAAAGAAAGAAAUCAGUCUGGUGGAACUUGUUCAAUUGUAUUAUCCACACCUGAAAGAGUGGGAGGAUGUUUCAUCAGUGGAUUCAAAAGUCCUAUUCAUCUUUGAUGGGCUGGAUGAAAGUAGAUUUGAGCUAGAUUUUGCAAGCUGUAUGAAGUUGAGUGAUACGAAAACAGCAACUGCCUUGGAUGUUUUGCUGAUCAAUCUUAUAAAGGGAGAUCUGCUUCUCUCUGCGUCUCUUUGGAUAACCUCCAGACCUGCAGCAACAAGUUACAUUCCUUCUGAACAGAUCAGCAGGGUGACUGAGAUUCAAGGCUUUGAAGAUCAGCAGAAGGAAGAAUACUUCAGGAAGAGAUUCAAAGAUCAAACUCUGACAGAAAAGAUCAUCUCACACAUGAGAACAUUGAGGAGCCUUCAUGUGAUGUGCUAUGUCCCGGCUUUCUGCUGGAUUAUAGCCACUGUUCUGGGACACACAUUGGGUGAGAAUGGCAAUGAGAACAUACCCAGAACCCUGACAGAAGUGUAUACACACUUCCUGCUUGUUCUGCUGACUUUGCAGAAUAAGAAACAUGAAAAUAGAGAAGAACUACUAAAGCAAAAUCAGGAAGCCAUUCUCAAUUUGGGGAAGUUGGCCUUUCUUAACCUAGAAAGAAACAAGCUGAUCUUUUAUGAACAUGACCUAAGAGAAUGUGGCAUUGAUAUAAGACAGUCAUCAGUUUACUCUGGGGUUUGCAGAGAGAUAUUCAAGGAAGAUCCAACCUUUCUUAAAGAAACUGUAUAUUCCUUUAUACACCUGACAGUGCAGGAAUAUUUUGCAGCUUUGUAUGUUUGUACAUCAUUUCAAAACAAAAGUUUACUGAAAAAACUGCUCUUUGCUCUUCGUAGACACCGUUUAUGUGAUGUGUAUAACAAUGCAUUGAGCAAAGCUAGUAAGAGCAGAAAUGGUCACCUUGAUCUUUUUCUCAGGUUCCUCUUGGGUCUCGGGAUGGAAAACAACCAAACACUGUUGAAAGGCCUUUUGUUAAAAACAGAAGACAAUUUAACGGACAUCCAAAAAACAACAAAGUACAUUAAACAGCUGAUUAAGAUGAAUACCUCUCCAGAAAGAAGUCUCAAUCUCUUUCAUUGUUUAAGUGAACUGAAUGACAAUUCUCUUGUUGAGGAGAUCAAGGUGUCCCUGACCUCAGGAAAUCUUUCGAGACAGAAACUUUCAUCAUCAGAUUACUCAGCACUUGCCUAUGUGUUACUAAUGUCAGAAGAUGAAUUGGAUACAUUGGACUUGAGCCGUCAUUUACUGGGAGAUGAGGCUCUGCUGAGACUGAUGCCAGCUGCAAGAUUACAUAAAAGACUGAUGCUGGAGGGGUGUCGUCUCACAGGGGAUUGCUGUGAGGGCCUGGCCUCUGCUCUCUGUACAAACCAGUCAACCUUGAGAGAGCUGCAGCUGAGAGGGAAUAACCUGGGGAAAUCGGGAAUGAAGCUGACUGCUGCACUGAAGCAUCCAAACUGUAAAUUAGAGAAACUGGGGCUGGAGCUGUGUGAUCUCACAGGGGAUUGCUGUGAGGACCUGGCCUCUGCUCUCUGUAAAAACCAGUCAACCCUGAGAGAGCUGCAGCUGGGAUGGAAUAACUUGGGGGAAUCGGGAACGAAGCUGACUGCUGCACUGAAGCAUCCAAACUGUAAAUUAGCGAAACUGUGGCUGGAGUGGUGUGAUCUCACAGGGGAUUGCUGUGAGGACCUGGCCUCUGCUCUCUGUACAAACCAGUCAACCCUGAGAGAGCUGCAGCUGAGGGGGAAUAAGCUGGGCGAAUCGGGAAUGAAGCUGACUGCUGCACUGAAGCAUCCAGACUGUAAAUUGGAGAAACUGGGGCUGGGGCAGUGUGGUCUCACAGGGGAUUGCUGUGAGGACCUGGCCUCUGUUCUCUGUACAAACCAGUCAACCCUGAGAGAGCUGCAGCUGGGAGGGAAUAACCUGAGGAAAUCGGGCAUGAAGCUGACUGCUGCACUGAAGCAUCCAAAUUGUAAAUUAGAGAAACUGGGGCUGGGGGGGUGUCAUCUCACAGGGGAUUACUGUGGUGACCUGGCCUCUGCUCUCUGUACAAACCAGUCAACCCUGAGAGAGCUGGACCUGAGGGGGAAUAACCUGGGGAAAUCGGGAAUGAAGCUGACUGCUGCACUGAAGCAUCCAAACUGUAAAUUAGAGAAACUGGGGUUGGAGUGGUGUGGUAUCACGGGGGAUUGCUGUGGGGACCUGGCCUCUGCUCUCUGUACAAACCAGUCAACCCUGAGAGAACUGCAGCUGGGAUGGAAUAAGCUGGGGGAAUUGGGAAUGAAGCUGACUGCUGCACUGAAGCAUCCAAACUGUAAAUUAGAGAAACUGGGGCUGAAGCGGUGUGAUCUCAAAAGGGAUUGCUGUGAGGACCUGGCCUCUGCUCUCUGUACAAAUCAGUCAACCCUGAGAGAACUGGAGCUGAGAGGGAAUAACCUGGGGGAAUCGGGAAUGAAGCUGACUGCUGCACUGAAGCAUCCGAACUGUAAAUUAGAGAAACUGGGGCUGGGGCAGUGUGAUCUCACAGGGGAUUGCUGUGAGGACCUGGCCUCUGCUCUCUGUACAAACCAGUCAACCCUGAGAGAACUGCAGCUGAGAGAAAAUAAGCUGGGGGAAUCGGCAAUGAAGCUGACUGCUGCACUGAAGCAUCCAAACUGUAAAUUAGAGAAACUGGGGCUGGAGGGGUGUGAUCUCACAGGGGAUUGCUGUGGUGACCUGGCCUCUGCUCUCUGUACAAACCAGUCAACCCUGAGAGAACUGCAGCUGAGAGGGAAUAAGCUGGGGAAAUCGGGAAUGAAGCUGACUGCUGCACUGAAUCAUCCAAACUGUAAAUUAGAGAAACUGGGGCUGUAUGGUAAUCAGUUCAGUGAGGAGGGGAAGAGGAGACUGAAGUCCCUGCAAGAGGAGCUGAGGAGAUCAGGGCGUGACAUGACUGUGGAGGUGUAAACAGUCCAGUCAGGAGGGAAACAGGAGCUGCAGAGAUCUACAGACUGGAUACAGCAUCUCCACACUGUGAGGGAAUAAGAGACACAGAGACUGGAUACAGCAUCUCCACACUGUGAGGGAAUAAGAGACACAGAGACUGGAUACAGCAUCUCCACACUGUGAGGGAAUAAGAGACACAGAGACUGGAUACAGCAUCUCCACACUGUGAGGGAAUAAGAGACACAGAGACUGGAUACAGCAUCUCCACACUGUGAGGGAAUAAGAGACACAGAGACUGAAUACAGCAUCUCCACACUGUGAGGGAAUAAGAGACACAGAGACUGAAUACAGCAUCUCCACACUGUGAGGGAAUAAGAGACACAGAGACUGGAUACAGCAUCUCCACACUAUGAGGGAAUAAGAGACACAGAGACUGAAUACAGCAUCUCCACACUGUGAGGGAAUAAGAGACACAGAGACUGGAUACAGCAUCUCCACACUGUGAGGGAAUAAGAGACACAGAGACUGGAUACAGCAGUAUACAGCGCAAUUGUGACAGGGAGGCCAUCCCUCCCAUUUAACAUAUCUGUCUGUAUUCUGUUGCUCAUCUAGUAGGACACUUGAAAACUCUGCGUAUCUGUGGCAGGGUGUAACCCUUCCCGGGAUAUUGAAAACUCUGCGUAUCUGUGGCAGGGUGUAACCCUUCCCGGGAUAUUGAAAACUCUGCGUAUCUGUGGCAGGGUGUAACCCUUCCCAGGGAAAUACACCAUAGCGUGUUUAUUUACAAAAAUAACAGUGGCACGAGGACCAAAACAAACAUACAUAUUUCAAACAAAUCACGUCUGGACCUCGUCCAGCACGAGUAGCAAUUGUUAUCUGUUUUUCUGAGCUUUCGCUUGCUCCUUCUCUGUUCUUUCACUCCCCUCUCUGAGCGGCUGCUUCGCUCUUUUAUAUUUAUGGUCAUCUCCACAUUGGUAACCACUUAAUCAAUUUGGAGAUGUGCACAUUACACACGAGUCUAGAAGGAUGGGGAAUUUAACCCCAUCCAUGCUGCAAAACAACAAUUAUUAUUAUUAAAAUAAACACAGACAAUCUCCCAGGAAGGGUUCCACCCUGCCACAGUAUCCGUAACAAAGCACAUUCCACUCGCCCAUGUAAACAUAGAUUUCAUGACAGUGGACCUCAUACCCCUCCACUUUGCUGGUGGUGAUAUAAUAGUCAUGCGUCUGUCUCAUGGGUAUCUUGUGUUUGAAGCACUGCCCUUCUCCACGUUACUAUGAAUGCAAGUGCAGACCAAACAACUUUCCCCAUAUCCACAAUAUCUGUUCCCAAAGUAACAAACACCAUAUCAUGAUCUGAAAACCAACUAAGCAAAAUCAGCCCAACUGCCCUCCUCCCCUUCAAAAGACUGUGUUAUGCCAUGGAAUCUGCAAUUCUACACAACAGACUGUUAUUCUAGUACAUUGUAAAGAUUCAUAUGACUGCACUGUUGGGAGUCCACCUGUCAUGCAUCUUUCCCUUAUGAAGCUCAUAGGGUUUUUUGUUUUUCCUCUCCUGAGUGCAGGCCACACUUGGACCAAGACAGAAUGAACAAGCUCUUUGUUUAUUGAUGCUAUUUUUCUUUUUUUUGUUAAAGCUUUAUCCUGUAAGCGCUUGUGGCAAUGUAUUGUGAAAGGCGCUAUAUCAAAUAAAGAUUGAUUGAUUGCUUGAUGUACCUAUGUCUCACGAUCAACCACACAUAUCCACUUCCUCUCAUGUUGCACUGCAUGCAGAUCCCCACCCCCUACCCACCAACCUGACAGCACAUCAAACAUGUGGAUGCCCAUGGCAGUUGAAUUUGGUCGCCUGGAGUCGCCGCCAGGGAAUACCGCCUUCCUGCUACUGGCCCAAGUUGCCACUGGUGGGCAAGAGGAAGCCUCUGUUCCCACCCCAGGACUUUGAAAGGGACUUUUGGAGUUUUAAGGGAGAGGAGGACAUUGGGCCAUGUGUACUGCGCACAAGAAUGUGAUGGGGUGCCCACCCCUUGUGUAUAUUUAUAUAUUAUUUUGUAUUAUUGUUUUUAUUAUUAAUAUAAUAUUGUGUUAGUGUGCGGGCGGACGAAACCGUACAUUAUUAUUAUUAUGUGGCCGACGAAAAGCCGGCAUUAUUGUUAUUAUUUGGCAAGGAUAUGGUUACUUCCCCAUCCUUAAAUAAUCCUGUGAGAAUGUGGCUGAAGCCUUAAUAAGGUAGUUGUUUGAUCAAUGGGUAGUUAAGGCUCCAGCCAUAGGAUAUAAGAGACCGCCUCAGCUCAAGAGAGGAGUGAAAACAAAGAGACAAUUGCUACCGGUGUUAGUAUUGCAGAAGGUACUCGUUUUUGGGUAAGAGAGUUAUUAUUUGUUUGUUUUGUUUUGGCCCACGUGCCCUUUUCUUUGCUGCUUUUGUAACUGUGUUUUUGUUAUUUAAUAAAUACAUGGCUGUGGCCGUUUUAGCCCUGUG